AUGCAACUUUAUAAAAUUGGGACUUUGUGUAAAAACCCUAAUUUAGGGCUGGGAUUUUUAAAAUAUCAUCUGAAGAGAUCACUUACUGGAUUUAACUAUAUUCGGGAUAUAAAAGAAAUGUAUAAAGAAACUAUAGAUAAAAGUAAAAAAUUCUAUUUUGAAAAUAAAGAAGAGAUAGAUAAGAAUUUUAUUUAUAUUUUUCAAAGUAAUCCUCUAGUACUAUUUAUGGAAGGAACUCCAGAUUAUCCAAUGUCAGAACUUAGUUCAAAUACAUUGAAAAUAUUUACAGUAUCACAUGUUAACCAGUUCCUGGCUAUAGAUGUAUUGCAACAUCCUGGAAUUAUGGGUUUUGCUCUUAGUUGCAAUCCUAAACAUGAUAGAUUUCCUAUAUUAUAUAAAUUUGGUAAAUACUAUGCAAAUCACGAUGAAAUCUUGGAACUUUUUGAAAAUGGAAAACUGUUAGAAUCAUUAUUCUGUGAAAAAGUGAGAACAAAUAUUAAAAAUAUUAAUGCUAAAAAUAAAAUUUUUAAAUCAAAGUUGAAAUCCGAAAUUCCAACUUACCUAUUCUAA